AUGCAUCCACUACCCUCGGAUUCCUCCGGAAUCAAGGUCAUCAUUAUCGGAUGCGGAGUAGCAGUAUUAGGAUGCGCCAUUGCGCUCACUCAGAAAGGGCACAAAGUCGUUGUUGUUUUCCGGGGGUCUGACAUUGAGUGUGAUGGCGAAGUCGAGAGCAUGGUUGAAAUAUGGGGUCUUGGCGAAAAAAUUCCAAAUAUCUUGCACCUCGGACUUCAAGCUCAAGUUCCAGAACACGACCACGAACACCUCCACACCCUCCUCCAAUCCCACGCCCAAGUCCUAGGCGUCGAAAUCCGCACGGGGCACAUCGUCAUCGCCUACCGGCAAAACGAAGUCGUAAGAAAAGCGGGGGUAGUGCUUGAUAAUGGGGAACGUGUAGAAGGUGACUUGGUACUUUGUGUCGGGAAUCAGGGAGAGACAAACGCGCAGGGGAAGGAGCUUUUAUCCGAGGGGAAUGACUUUGAUACCCGGGACUAUGCGGGUCGUCUCUUUGAUAAUGAAGAGGACAUCGCUUAUCCAUGGCCAUGGACAGGUUCAGACCCCCAUUGGCACUUCGACGGUUCAGGUCAAAGUCAAAGUGAGAAAUCACUCAACACUCCUUCUACUCUACAUAGCGCGAAAGCGCACGACACCUCCCAAGCUGAAACCAGGCACAAUGGGGACGAUAUUUCCAAACGUCGUCUCUUCAAUAAUAAUAACAAGGAGGACAUCGCUUAUCCAUGGACAGGUUCAGACGUCCAUUUCAACACUACUUUAGGUCAAAGUGGGAAAGCGUUCACACACAGGUUAUUGAUUAUCGGCGGUUCAUUGAUAUCCACGAAUGUGUUCGACACCUAUCUAGCUAUCGAAGCCGGAGUAGUGCUCGCCGUCACGCUAAACCUCGCUGGGAAACACAACGUACCGCUAGCUGUCAAAGCCUGGGAACGUAUACGUUUUCCCUCCCUCCCUGUAUGGGGUACAACAACACCCCACGGAACUUGA